UCUGGAAGAGCCGUCAGUGCUAAAAUGUGUAGCCCACAAUGGCCUCGAACUCGUGAUCCUACUGCCUCCGCCUCCUUCAGCAAAUCCUACUGGCAAGCGCCACUACCAUGGGCGAACUGCAUCUUUUCACUGCACUCUGUCUCUAAGGGAGCUGCCCCUGUCACUCAGGCAUCACUAGCCAAUCACAGCCUCCAGAUGGACUUCCAGUCAGAAUGUGGGCGGGUAUUUCCGACCCCCUUGGUGAAGGCUCCCGGGGCUCCGCGACUGAGGAAGGGAGACCCUCGUGUUCCGUGUGCUGCGCUGUUACCGGCUGCCGGGAGCUGGGAGGGGAGCGGGGCGAGCUGGGAAUCCGCCAUGGAUGCUGUGACCUAUGAGGAUGUGCAUGUGAACUUCACUCAUGAAGAGUGGGCUUUGCUGGAUCCUUCCCAGAAGAGUCUCUACAAAGAUGUGAUGCUGGAAACCUACUGGAACCUCACUUGUAUAGGUUACAAGUGGGAAGACCAUAAUAUUGAAGAACAUUGUCAGUGCUGUAGAAGAAAUGGAAGGUGUGUCAUCUGUCACUCUGGACACAAUCCAUGUGCACAUAAAUGUUGUGGAAAGAAGCAUUGUACUUCUGUCUCUCUCAGAACAACUGGAAGAUAUGUGGUAGUCCCCACUAUGAGAAGACAUGAUGACUGUGAUACAAGUUUACAAUUAACUGGUUUUCCAACUUCAGUGGGAAUUCAUCAACAAGCUCUCAUUGGAGAAAAUGAGUACCAGGAAUAUGGAAAUUCAUCUCUCUCUUCUGGUUCACUGUGCACAUGUAGUGUGACCCACAGUAUAAGAAAAUGUUAUAAAUGCAAUCAGUGUGGUCUAACUCUGAGUUCUUCACGUUCUCUUCAAAGACGUGAAAAACCUCAUGUGUUAAGAAAAAAUAAUAAAUGUGAGUCAUCUACUAAAGGCUUUAGCCGUUACAGACAUCUUCAAACACACCAAACACCCAAUAAUGAAAAGAAUCUCUAUGAAUAUAAUCAAUGUGAUUUAGUCUUUAGAUGUGAUUGCUCUUUAAAACACCAAAGAACUCAUUUGGAAGGAAAGCCCUGUGAGUAUAAUCAAAGAUAUAAAGGCUUUGCUUGUCACAGUCUUCAUCAAAUACACAGAAUUCAAACUAGGGAGAAAAGGUAUGAAUCUCAGCAAUGUGAUAAAUCCUUUGCAUAUCCCAUAAUACAUAAUAGAAGUUACACUGGAGAGAAACCCUAUGAAUGUAAUCAAUGUGGUAAAGCCUUUCCAGAGAAGAGAAGCCUUCACAGUCAUGAAAGAUUUCAUACUGAAGAGAAAGCCUAUAAAUGUAAUGAAUGUGGUAAAGCCUUUAGAGGGAAGAAUAGUCUUCUCAGUCAUGAAAGAAUUCAUAAAGAAAAGAAACCCUAUGAAUGUCAUGAAUGUGGUAAAGCAUUUGCAUAUAAUAGUCAGCUUCUCAGUCACUUAAAACGUCAUACUGGAGAGAAAUCUCAUGAAUGUAAUCAAUGUGGGAAAGCAUUUGCACAGAUGCGUGAUCUUCACAGACAUGAAAGAAUUCAUACUGGAGAGAAACCCUAUCAAUGUCAUGAAUGUGGUAAAGCCUUUGCACGAAAGAGGUAUCUUCUCAGUCAUGAAAGAAUUCAUACUGGACAAAAACCUUAUGCAUGUAAUCAAUGUGGUAAAGCCUUUCCAUAUAAUAGUCGUCUUCUCACUCACUUAAAAACUCAUACCGGAGAGAAACCCUAUGAAUGUAAUGAAUGUGGCAAACCCUUUGCACAGAAGAGUCAUCUUCUUGGUCAUGAAAGAAUUCAUUCUAUAGAGAAACCUUAUGCAUGUAAUCACUGUGGUAAAGCCUUUCCAUAUAAUAGUCGCCUUCUCACUCACUUAAAAACUCAUACCGGAGAGAAACCCUAUGAAUGUAAUGAAUGUGGCAAAUCCUUUGCACAGAAGAGUCAUCUUCUCAGUCAUGAAAGAAUUCAUACUGGAGAGAAACCCUAUGAAUGUAAUCAAUGUGGUAAAGCCUUUGCAGAGAAGAGUCAUCUUCUCAGUCAUGAAAGAAUUCAUAAUGGUGAGAAACCCUAUGAAUGUAAUCAAUGUGGUAAAGCCUUUGCACAGAAGAGUCAUCUUCAUAGACAUGAAAGUCUUCAUACUGGAGAGAAACCCUAUGAAUGUAAUCAAUGUGGUAAAGCCUUUGCACGGAAGAGUAGUCUUCAAAGACAUGAAAGAAUUCAUAAAGGAGAGAAACCCUAUGAAUGUAUUCAAUGUGGUAAAGCCUUUGCAGAGAAGAGAAAUCUUCAAAGACAUGAAAUAAUUCAUAGUGGAGAGAAACCCCAUGAAUGUAAUCAAUCUGUUUAAGCCUUUGCAGAGAAGAGUCAUCUUCACAGUCACGAAAGAAUUCAUAAUGGUGAGAAGUCCUAUAAAUGUAAUCAAUGUGGUAAAGCCUUUUCACAGAUGAGUCAUCUUUACAGUCAUGAAAGAAUUCAUAAUGGUAAGGAACAUUAUGAAUGUAAUCAAUGUGGUAAAGUCUUUGCACAGAAGAAUCAUCUUCAUAGACAUGAAAGUCUUCAUACUGGAGAGAAACCCUAUGAAUGUAAUCAAUGUGGUAAAGCCUUGCAGAGAAGAAAAAUCUUUGCAGACAUGAAAUAAUUGAUAGUGGGGAGAAACCCUAUGAAUGUAAUCAUUGUGGUAAAACCUUUGCACAAAAGAGUCAUUGUUGAUGUAAACAACCGUCUUAUUAAAUAAGAAACACAGAACAAAUGCAAAGAAGAAAGCCAAGAGGUCAGAGCUAAGACCUAAAAC